AUACUUGUAAAUUACAAGUGUAUCAACCACGUUUUUCUAUAUUUGGGUCAGUUCGCCGCAGAAGAUCUUCCCGUCUUCUGGUACUUCAUCAUUUGGAUUAAAAUAAUAAGAACAUUUGGUAUUUAUCCAAACUAUAUAAACCAUGUUGUUCGAGUUUGAUCAGCUUUACAGAGCAUUAGCAGCUUCUGGAUAUAGGGAUACAGGGACAUCGUUCUUUGAGUGUUGCCCAAAAUGAAUAUGUUCAUGGGUUUGCGUCAACUUGUCACAUUAUUGAGUUUAAUCACUUUAACUUCAGCUUCAAACAUCACUACGAAAAUUGUUACCACUCUACCGGGUUACUCUGGAGAUCUUCCUUUCACAAUGGAAACCGGAUAUAUCGGUGUAGGUGACAAUGAGGAAGUGCAGCUAUUUUACGUUUUUGUGGAUUCUCAGAGAAGCCCUGCACAAGAUCCACUUGUGUUACGGUUUGGUGCAGGUCCAGGCUGCUCUGGUCUCCAUGGCUUUUUCUUUGAGAAUGGUCCAUUAUCUUUCAAUUCUGCACAUUACAAUGGAAGCCUACCAACACUUGAGGACAACCCUUAUUCAUGGACAGAGGCACUCAACAUCAUAUUCUUGGAUGCACCAGCUGGUGCUGGAUUCUCCUAUUCAACAACCCAAGAAGGUUUCUAUGUGGACGAGUAUAAAUAUGCAGAACAAGGUUAUGAAUUUCUCCAGAAGUGGCUGGAGGCACACCCUGCAUAUGUGGAAAAUCAACUCUACAUCAGUGGUGAAUCCUUCAGUGGGUUGAUAGUUCCAAUGAUUGUACAAAAGAUAGUGGAUGGUAAUGAAAAUGGAAGUGUGCCUCUAAUGAACAUCAAGGGAUAUCUGCUUCAGAACCCAGUCACGGAUUCAGUUAUUGAUGGUAAUGCAAUAAUCCCAUAUGCCCACCGGCUGACUCUUGUAUCGGAUCAACUUUAUGAGGCAGCAAAAACAAGUUGCAAUGGUGAAUACGUGAAUGUAAAUUCAAGCAAUGCUGCAUGCAUUGCUGAUAUCGAGGCUAUUGAUCAGCUCAUCAAGGAUAUAAAUCCUGUCAAUAUCUUGGAACCAGACUGUAGUACUUCAUUGCCGAGGUCAAAGAAGAUAAGCACAGCUCGAAGAUAUCUUAAAGAGUUAUACAAAGGUUUACUAAGUUCACCAACCAAUGGUCCUGCACUUUGGUGUCGGGAGUACAAUUACAUGCUUCUGUACAUCUGGGCAAACACCAAAGCUGUCCGAGAUGCUCUUGGUGUCCGAACGGGUACAAAAUUGUUGUGGAAACCAUGUAAUACCACAUUGACGGGUUACACUUAUGUAGUGACCAGUUCUCUCAGUUAUCAUCUCAAUCUCUCAAAAAAGGCUGACCUGCGUGCUUUGAUAUACAGUGGUGACCAUGACAUGUCUGUUCCUCAUAUUGGUACACAAGCAUGGAUAAAUUUGCUGAAUUUGACUGUAGAUGAGUCCUGGAGGACAUGGUCCCUUGAUGGACAAACUAAAGGAUACACCAAGAAGUUAAUAAAUGAUUACAUCACCUUGAUAUUUGCUACUGUAAAGGGAGCAGGCCACCUUGCUGCAGAGUACCAGCCAAAGGAAGUUGCUAGCCUGGUUGGUAGAUGGAUGGCUUACUAUCCUGUCUAACUAUGAUGAAUUGUAGAAGUUGUUAAUCUUGGUGAUUCUACCUCAUAUGCAAUUUUGUAUCAAGUGAAAACUUCAUGAUCUCGUGCUUACUUAUAUAUGUAGCCGAAAUAAAGGAACUCCAGAUUUGAAAAACUAGAAAGUUCCAGUUUCUGUUAUUCAAGUUCCCAAGCUCGACACAGAAGGUAGUUAAAAGCUUCUGCUUCAGUAGUCAUCAGCAAAAUAACCUCAACUGAUGUAUCAAUGUU